AAAUGACGUAAUCUUGUUAUCUCUUGAUGCAUAUAUAUGUUGAUAUAACUUAUUUGCAUAAGUUAAAACCGCAACAAAAUUUAAGACACGAAAUACAUACAGUUUAGUUUUUGGAUUUAAGAAACGGAAUCGUCGAUAGAAUAAAAGACAACAAAAUGGAAAAGGACAAAGACAGCCAAACAGACUCAAAGCCACAGAGGUCAACAUGUGAAAAAGUUGUUGAGACUGGGUUUCUUGUAGCUACAUGGCUUGCAUUGGGUUUGUAUCUUGAAAUAUUUGGUCCAACGCUGAUUGACCUUAAAAUCAAGCUCAACACAGACUAUGAGAAGGUCGCCGUGGCAGUAUCAGGUAGGAGUGUCGGAAUGUUCCCUGGCUGCGUCUUUGGUGGAUUUCUCGUCGACAAGUUUGGAAAAUAUUGUCAUCUGAUGUUGGCAGUUUGCUUGGAGAUAGCGGCAGUUGUAACGGUUAUAAUCCCGUGGUCACCAAAUGUGGAACUCCUUUGGUUCCUCUGUUUUGUGGGUGGAUUUGUGGAGUCAGUUGUAAACAUAGCGGGUCAACGGCGUAUCUUGACGCUUUGGCAAGAGAAAGCAGCGACACCAAUGAUCCUACUUCACUCUGGUUAUGGAUUCGGUUCCUUUCUAAUCCCUCUUUAUACAAACCCAUUUCUAGCUGUUAAACGAGAGGAUAUAGAAAAUACUACCCUGGCUAAUGCUAAUAUAACAUCAACAACUGCAGCCUAUGUUAUGCCAAAUAGCACAGUACCGGAGUACAUAAAAGAAUCAAAGAUUGAGUAUUCGUACGCGAUUUCAGCCGUAUUAGUCGCUUUGCACUCGUUGUCAUUUUAUGUAUUUCAAAUACACGAAAGGCGCUACGAAACGUUUUGCAGUAAUGGAAUUGACAAGGUUGAUACCAGUAUUGAAAAACAAACGAAAGGGAAAGAGAUAAAAGAUCGAAAUUUUACCCAGUUGAUAAACCCUGCUACAUGUGCAGGAGGUCGAUUGUGGUAUGGCAUCCAGCUUUUUGCUCUUCUUUUCUUUUAUUUUGCAAAUGUCGGUGGCGGGGAGAGAGUUAUAGCAGGGUUUGUCCGAAGCUUUUCAAUUGACCAACUUAAUUUUUCAAAAGACGAUGGAUCGUAUGUCAACACAUCUUUCUGGAUAAGCUUCUUAGUGGGUCGAAUCGGGUUUUCAAUUGCUGCACGCUGGAUUUCGGUGAGGAUAUUGGUUCUAGUACAGUCAGGGGGGUUAACUGUUGUUGCAAUACUAAUGACUAUCUUCGCAAGGAAUAGUGCGUUAGCUUACUGGAUCUUAAUACAACCUCUCGCAAUCUGUCUAGCUCCACUUUGGCCGUCUGGUGUAGCUUGGGCAGACUUCCACUUAGAACUUACAGGAAUUGGCAUGAUGACUCUUCUUCUGGGUGGGUCAGUCGGUGGUAUUGGUCAUCUACGACUUAUUGGAUAUUUAUACGAGCACGUUGCUUAUUACACAUUUCUGUAUCAAGUACUAGGUUAUGCAAUUUUGUCGUUUGUGCUUGCCAUUGUGCUAGAUCUGAUUGGAUCCCAGCAUGGAAGCAGAUUCCAGUGGGACAAUAAUGAAAAUGACAAAGAAGUCGUUGAAAUGAAAACCGCUGAAGAAAAAUACGUUGUUAAGUCAGAAGCACUUUAAAAACCCGAGCAAUGUUUAAAUUCAUUUUAAAUCAUGGCGACACUACCUUUUAAAAAAGUAGUUGAUUGCAAAAAAAAAUGUCAGGCAUGAACAAAGAGAUAAUUUAAAUAGAAAUUAAAUUUAUAUUUAUUAAGCGUCAAUAUUUUUAUUAUCAUGACUAAAAGUUAAACAUUAAAUAUUUAAGGAAAAAUACACAAUACUG